CAGCCCCCCCGAUCUCGUAUCCGCCACGUACGACUAAUCAUCGCAAUCUGCUGGUGCAUGCUUGCGCCGUCGUGCCUCAAUCUCUGGUAGAGUGGCUGUUACCGUUUUCUUCACAACGCAAUGAUGGAGCUUCGCCAAUUCUGCCGCCCUGGUCAAUGGGCCUUGUGGUUUUUGUUCGCCUCCUCUACCUUCGCAUUUUACAUCCCUGGAUAUUCUGUCAAACGCUACAACGACGACGAACAUAUUCCUCUUCUCGUGAACAAAAUAUUCUCCGACAACACCCAGCUUCAGUAUGCAUACUUCGACCUGCCUUUUGUCUGCCCUCCCAGCGGCCGAACCCACGGCGGAUCCCCGUUUGGCUCCGGACAGAGCGUGUCUCUAAACCUUGGGGAAAUUCUUCGCGGAGACCGCAUUAUGACAUCCGAUUUCGAGUUGCAGAUGGGCCAGAACGUCGACUGCCGGGUGCUCUGUGAACGGGAAGUCGGGCGCAAAGAUGUCAAAUGGGGUCGUCAACUCAUCAGGGAAGGGUACGUGGCUGAGUGGAUCGCGGACAACUUGCCUGGAGCAACAAGCUUUGUGACAGUCGAUGGAAGUCGCAAGUACUAUGCUACCGGCUUCAAGCUCGGCUUUCAGGAAUUUUCAAACAUUGACGGCAAGCUACGAUACUAUAUCAACAACCACUUCACUAUUGUCAUCCGCUGGCGGUCGGCACCCGAAGGAGGCAAGGUCAUUGUCGGCUUCGAAAUCCAUCCGAAGAGUAUCCGCGCGGAGGACCAUAUCCAGAACGGUUGCCCGAAGCAGGUACACGAGGCGCAUGAUGGGCUUGAGCUAUACAUUCCGCCGAACACUUCGAAGCUACGUGAGAUGUACCCUGGAUCGUCCUAUAUUCCCGAAGACGACGACGAGAUCGAUGAUGGCGCUACCCUCAAGAUUCCGUACACUUACUCGGUCUAUUUUAAGGAGGAGAAUGGGGUUGACUGGUGGAACCGCUGGGACCUAUACUUUACCAACCAAGAGGAGGGCUCGGCAACCCACUGGCUUGCUAUCCUCAACUCCUUGACUAUCUCCGGCGUUCUCGGAGUCGCCGUCUAUGUCAUCUGGAGUCGGACUGUGCAGGGUGACAUUAAGGGCCGCGGCGAUGGAGCUUUGGAGGACGGGAAGCUUAAGGCCCGCGCAACCAAGUCAAGAUCCUCAGAGAGGAAAGGUGACGGACUCCUGGAGCAGGGCACAGAUGUCGAGCGGGAUGCGGAUGUCUCUGACGAUGAAGGCCCAGAAGACAUCAGUGGAUGGAAGCUGCUCCAUGGCGACGUGUUCCGGACUCCUCAGUUCAGUGGGCUUCUGGCGCCGCUCAUCGGCUCCGGCAUGCAGCUGCUGUUCAUGGUUUCCGGGCUUUUGUUCCUCAGUUGCCUCGGUGUGCUGAACCCUAGUUUCCGUGGCGGGUUUGUCAGUGUCGGUAUGGGCUUGUUUGUCUUUGCCGGUCUGUUUUCGGGAUACUUCUCGGGCAGACUAUACAAGACGUUUGGAGGUGUUCAUUGGCGAAAGAACACGCUGAUUACCGCCUUGUUCUUCCCUGGUCUUGCCUUCUGCCUCAUCUUCAUCCUCAAUCUUUUCGUCUGGGCGCAGGCCUCGAGUACCGCGAUUCCUUUCGGCACGUUGGUAGGUCUUGUCGCGCUUUGGCUUUUGAUCCAGGUGCCGUUGGUCUAUAUCGGAAGCUGGUAUGGUUAUGUCCGCACCACGCCUUGGGAGCAUCCCACCAAGACCACCUCCAUUGCUCGUCAGGUUCCGCCUCAGCCUUGGUACUUGCACAGCAUCAGCGGUACUCUUCUUACUGGACUGGGUCCGUUUGCCGUUUUGUUCAUUGAGCUUCUGUUCGUGUUCCGGAGCCUGUGGCAAGACAAGAGCGGCUACUACUAUGUAUUUGGAUUCCUCAGCGCCGUGUCGACGAUCCUGCUGGUCACGAUCAGCGAGGUGACGAUCAUUGCCACCUACAGCCAGCUUUGCGCCGAAAACUACCACUGGUGGUGGCAGAGCUUUUUGACGGGUGGAAGCAGUGCCUUUUGGGUGUUCGGCUACUGCAUCUGGUACUAUUACUUCCACCUUCACAUCACCGGCUUCGUGUCUAGUCUUCUCUUCUUCAGCUACAGCUUCCUCGCGUGUACCGUGUACGGUCUGUUGACCGGAACCGUUGGGUUCCUGACGGCGUAUGCGUUCAUCCGACGCAUGUACAGUGCUGUCAAAGUUGAUUGAUCACUACUUCGAGACGGGACGACUGGGUGUCGAAUCGCAGUAUUAGGCUGGGUGAAUGUCGUGCCCGUGCACUUAGACGUAAGAAGUGCGUGUAGUCUUGAAUCUGUUGACGGUGUACAACCAUGGUCUGUGGCCAUA